AUGUUGGAUUCGCCAGACCUGGAGGAUACUGUUCAAUCCAGGUCCUCCUCAUCUUCUCCUCGUCCUCCGUCCCCGUCCCUCAUCUCCCUCUGGUCUUCUGCUCUGCCUCCUACUCUCCUAGAAGCACAGGACGAACUCGAUCAUCUCGUGAUCGAGGAAGCGGCGGCCCGACAAAUCUCAAAGAAGGAAAAGCAGGUUAUACCUGAUCUUGGCAGUCUAUCCAUCAAGUCCUCGUCAUCUACCACUUGUCAUCUACUCGGAUCUGACAUUGGGGAACCACCGGACUGGACAAAACCUUCCUUAAUUCACUUGCGGGACGGUAGUGUCCUUGUGCUUCGACCAGCAAAGCCGGCUCGCAGACCUUUGGACGAGCAGCCGGUCAAUUCCCCCGAGGCUCGGACCGUCAAAGUUGAACGAUUGGUAGACGUCGGUCCGAUAGAGACUGAAACGGAGCUUCGGGCAGGACCUUCGAAUUCUGAGCAUUCGCCUCCCGCAAGUCAAGCUGUAUAUCCCGCAAACAAGCAGGGCCGGAGAACAUCUCGAUCUCAUACACUCUCGUCGACCCCUUACCACCCAGUCAAAUGUCAACCUCUUGCUUCAGGCAAUAAGCUAGCUGCCGAUCGUCUUGUCGCUUCUUCAACGCCUAACAGAGCCUCAUCCCUUGGGUUCAGAGCUUUCGCGCCGGUUUUCGGAUCCAAGCAUAACCCUGCACAUCCGCCAUCAGGUUCUACAGGGACACCUCCAGACUUGAUCGGCGACAUAGAGAUCACCCCUGUCUCGAAAUUGAUAGACUUCUUCAAGACAAAGAUCAAAUUUCAUCCUUUCCCUUUACUCCCCAAGAUCUUUUGGGGAAAGAGCGCCCAGCAGAUUGAACGCGAGAGAGAUAUUGCAGCGCGCCAUCCUCAGCAGGACGGCGAUAUCUACGAAGAACGUGACACUCCUGGGGGCGAAAUCAGCCAGAGCUUGUCAACUAACUUUACAAAAGAUCGUCGAACAAGAGAAUCUUCAGAUGAUGCGCUUGUAGAGCAGGAAUCACCGACAAAGCGACACAAGGGCCGCAGUCAGUCUCCAGUGCAGUCUCGAUCAAGACGACUUGCUUCACGUCUCGGCGCAGGAGAGAUUCCUUGCGCUGAAAUCUUGGUGGACCUCGACUCGGACACAGCCGAUUCACGGGCGAUCAACACGCCAGAGCAACCUUGCGACUCGUUCAGCUUGGUAGACCUCACGCCUCCCUCAUCCCAUAACGAAAUAGUCGUUCGGAAUCUCCGUGCUUCAGUCUCAGACGAUUUGCAACCCGAAAUGACGUUCAACUCAGUCUCCAGCAGCUUCGCCUCGGCAUCGAAUAAUGCCAACCAGGAGAUUGUCAAAUCGGCAUAUCGUCGGCUCCUGUCCGUACCAUCACCUCGUAUCAAUAUUCCAUCAGAGAUUCUGCUCAAAGCAAAGACAGACGCGUUGGAAUCGUCUGUCCUGCGCGCUUGGAAAGCCACAGAGCCGAGUCCAGAUACUCGUAAACACAUCAGAUCACUACUGGAUAGUCUGACUCGUCGCAUCAACCUCAGACUCGAUUUCAAAUCUCAGCCGAGAUCAGAGCCCAGAUUCGAGGUCGACGUCUUUGGGAGUGUCAGCUGGGGUGGAGAGACUGGGCAAUCGGGCGACCUUGAUCUCGUUAUCCUCGAUCACGAUAUGCCGUACGGCUAUGAACCGUCUCUCUGGCGUGUCGGUAGCGAGACUCGUUUGAAUCCGACCCAGAAUCAAUCUCGGAUGGUCCGAGCUCCGAUCCAGGCCCUUCCACCUGUUUACAAUCUCAGAAGGCUUCACGAUGUCAUAGGAGAGCUAGGCAUGAUCAACAUAUAUUGCAUUCACGCCGCCUCCACCCCUAUAGUCAAAUUUACAGACAGAGGUGGUAUCUCCCGAAAAGUCUGGGACUGCGACAUCAAUGUCAAUGAUCUGGGCGGAUGGUUCAAUUCAUCAUUGAUACUUCAUUAUUGCCUCAUCUCGCCGUACGUUCUUCGGCCGAUGAUUUACGCGUUGAAACGCUGGGCGGCGGCAUACUCACUCAACGAUGCCUCUGGAGCGAACGGACCUUCGACCAUGUCAUCUUAUUGUUUGACUCUGAUGGCAAUCGCGUAUCUUCAGCAUCUGGGUACGCUUCCGAAUCUCCAAGCCUCAGUCGUUGCACCGGUCCCCGAGGAUUCGGCGACACUGGAUGAGGACAUUGUCUGGGUCGGCUGGGGCAAAGAUCAAGGCAUCAAGGCACACGUUGGUUUUGAGCCCACUCCACCCAAAGACUGGACUUCAGCGACUCCGAAUUUGACUGCAGCACAAGCGAUCAGAGGAUUCUUUUCCUUCUUUUCUCAGGGCGUCAAGCCAUCGGACCCAGGUGGAAAGAUGAAUUACCAAGAGAAAAUCAUCUCCAUUCUCCAAGGUGGCAUUGCGAAACGGGCUGCUACAUUCGGCUCGAUGCCUAGCUUGCGCGAGGCCAAGAUCCAGGCGAUGAAAGGUGACGGUUGGUCCAUGGAUGAGAUUCAUAAGGUCUUGCAAGCGGAGAAGGUAGAGAUGCAAGAUAGCGAGAGAUUUAUGGGCAAAGGCGAUCUUGGUAUCCAACCUAUCAAAUGGAUUGAAAGCCCAAUUGUCGUGCAGGACCCGUUCCUAUGGCAAAAGAAUUGUGCAGCAGGCAUGUCCAAGCAGGGUCGCAUAAGAUUUUUCAAUCAACUCGACGAGACGAAUCGCCUGUUCAAUUCUAAUCCUGACGCAACACUGGACGAUAUGUUGCGAAGAGGAGAAGAGAUGACGAGGUCAAAACCGAGCCCUCUGUCGUCCCGCGGACAGGGAAUCCGAGGCAGGGACUGGAUACAUAGCAGAGGCACACCAUCACCUAGUCCCCGUGGUCGCGGUCGCGGAGGCGCAAUGGCUGGCAGACUUGCUUGAGGUCUCGGCAGUACUAUCGAAUGAUAGGGUAGCAGGGAUGGGCCGGAUCAAAGCCUGGCGACAUGACAGCCCAGGACUCAACUGUUUCAAACGUAGCUUGUAUGUCUGAACGCCAAACCGUAGGCAGAAGCAUGUAUCUCUAUUCCAGCUU